AUAAAUAAUGAUGACAGCAUUCCACGAAUUAUAUUGAAUGUUUAAUUAUAGAUUGACACUAAUUUUACAGAGUUAUAUCAUUGGAAGACACAGGCAUAUUUACGCUUUGGAACACUAUUUGUGGAGCGCUACUGUGUAACUGUUUUCUCAGCGGAUUGAACAACCAAUGACAAGGAAUUAGUCUUAACGGGAAAUAUGGAGGGAGCUGAAGCUGAUAUCAGUCCCCCUGAAGAUACGAACCAGACUAACAAAUCCCCCGGGGAUAAAAAACAGACUUACGACUGCAAUAUAUGUUUCGAGGAUGUAGUGGACCCGGUAGUAACGCGCUGCGGGCAUCUUUUUUGCUGGCAGUGCCUGCUCACGUGGAUUAAUAAACCAAAUGACCACUGCCCAGUGUGUCAUGCGGGUAUUACUAAGGAAAAUGUCAUACCGCUAUACGGUCGAGGACAAGAAACUAAUGACCCUAGGAACAAGCCAUCAGAGCCAAGGCCAAGUGCAGAACGACCAGAACCACAAAAUUCUGGCAGUAACGUCCACUCUCCAUUUGGCGGAGUUAUCUUCUCGGUUUUCGCGUUCCCGUUUUCUAUAAUCAUGCCAUUUAGCUACGGCGGUAACGGAAUGUUUGGCUUCUCGUUGAUGCGCAACACGGGGAAUUUGACACCACAACAAAGAAGAGCCCAUAUCAACUCCGCGGCACUGCUGAUAAUUGGGUUGAUGCUGAUCGCAUAUAUCGUGCUAAUCAUGUAGCAUAUCACGGGCUUGGUAGCGCAUAUAAAUCACACACUGCGCAUAAACCUGUUGUAUAUUUCAAACUAUUGAAUCCCUGUUGAAAA